AUGCCUUUGAAUACUACUGUAGGUAUGGAGAAGAUUGAAGAACAUUUUGCAAAGUUGUCCGUCGCUAGACGUUCUGCAGCGACUAAAGAGCCCACUUACCUCCUCGACAUAGACACUUCAAAAAAUGUACAGGAAGAAAGUGGAUGCAUAGUUGCUGUUUCAUGUUCCAAUGGAUCAAUUAGACUAUAUAACAAAGAAACAUUAAGUUUACUAAGGGAGUUGAAUAAACAACCUGGAUUCUUUAAUGGAGUUAAAUUUUCACAUUCCAAUCCCCAUGUAUUUUCAGCAUGUACAGAUGGCACUGUAAAAUGUUGGGAUAUUCGCUUAUCUGGCAUAUCACCAGUCCAGAUGUUCAAGGGUUAUCCUUCCAAUGUUCUCAUCAGUUUUGAUAUUAAUUGUAAUGAUCAUAUAAUUUGUGCUGGCACUGAAAAAUUUGGUGAGGAUACUGUGAUGAUAUUUUGGGAUGGAAGAAUGAGUUCUCAAAGUACAGGCCCUUUUAGACCCCCAUUAGGUGUUUAUUCAGAAUCACACAGUGAUGAUAUAACCAAGGUACGUUUUCAUCCUACUGACCCUAAUAUACUACUCUCAGGAUCAACUGAUGGACUUAUGAAUGUCUUUGAUAUAAGCAUUGACAAUGAAGAUGAAGCUCUGAUUGCAACUUGUAACUCUGGCUCAUCAGUAAGUUAUGUUGGUUGGGCUGGGAAGAAAUACAAAGAGGUUUAUUGUUUGACACAUGAUGAAGGAUUUUGUUGGUGGGAUCUUACCAAUUUAGAUAGUGAUCAACCAAUCCCAUGCUUGAAUAUCCCAGAUGUCAGAAGAAUGAUUAAAGUACAAAAUGGAAAUCUGGAUUAUAUGAUUGGUGGCAUAUACCAUGAAAAAGCAGACCAAUUGUUGGUUGUUGGGGGUUCAAAUACAGGAACCAUUCACUUUAUAACAAGUGGGCUUUCAGGAUUGAAAUACAUGAAAAGCCUUGAGGGAGGGCAUUCUGCCAUAGUUCGUUCUUUCUGUUGGAAUAUGCAGGAUGAUUCUUUACUGACUGGUGGAGAGGAUGCACAACUGUUACUUUGGAAACCUGGAGCUACCGAAAGGAACCUUGCAAAGAAGGAUAGGAUGAAAAUAGCUUCCUCUCUGCAUAAACGUGUUAAAGUUCACAGUCAUGAUUUUUACAAAAACAAGAAAAAAUAUAUUUAAAUUACUUGCUAUCUUGUUGGGUCUUAUUUCAGUUAAUGAACUAUUUUUGCAUGUGCUAUUCCUACUACAUAUUACAACCUUUAUGCAGAAAUGGACCAAUUUGUAAAUAUGCUUUUUGAAGUAAAGAGAAAGUUGAUUGAGGGAGAGCUUGAACUGUCAUGUAAAGAAACUUUCUGAAUCCAAAAGGCCAGUCUGAAUUCCAUUAAACUAAGUUAAUUUUUUAUUUAAAAAGCAAGCCUAUUGUUGAGUUAAGAAACUAAUGAAACUUUUAUUGACUUGUUUCUAUAAUCAAGAUCUUUUAAAGCAAAAUUUUUAAAAAUUUACAUAUCAGUUUUUUUAUCAGCCCUGAAUUAAAUUAUGCAUUUGGCAGUUCCUGCUUUAUAUGCAUAUUUUUGUUCUUUAUUAUUUAUAUCAAUAGUUCUUUUUAAUCUAAAUAGAUUUAGAUUUUUAAAAAAUUUAAAUGGUGGAUAUGAGUAAAAUUUCUAAAGGAAAUAUUUGAAUUUUGCAUAUUUUACUUUGCAUGAAAAAGAAUAGCAUCAGAGUAAAUGGCAAGAAGAUGGCUGGGAUAAGGAGAUAGAUAGAAAGGAUAUGAAGUUUCUGGAGCAAAGCUCCCCAGAUACAAUGGGCUAAAGUAAGUUUGCACUCUCAAAUGAGGAUGGCUCAGUAUAGACAUGAGUUCCAAAGCCAAGUAUAUAAUUGUAGUAAACUAUCUAAUAAAAUGUCAUUUUGAUUUAUAAUAUUUUUAAAUGGAAAUUUUAUAGUAUCAUAGACCUGGAAGUAUCCUUAGAGAUUAUCUAGUACAACUUUCCUUAUUUUAUACAUGAAAGAAUAGAGGCAAAGGGAUGCUUAGUCUUAACUUGGGCUAAAUAAUAAAUGGAAGGGUGAAGAUUUGAACUUCAUCUGACCCAUAACCUAGCAUUCUUCCAUUAUACCGUGCUAUGCUUCUCUUUCUCUAAAACAUUUUAAUUAACUGAUUUUAUAAGUAGGGAUACAAUAUUGUUUUCUCAUACUUAACUAAAAAUUAAUAAUCCCAGAAUCUUGUUUCAGACUUAAGUGACUAAUCCAGCCCAUGCCUGAAAAACAAUUCUUCCUACCAUAUAUAUGACAAGUGGUCAUCCAUUCUUUGCUUGAAGUGAAACUUACUAUCUCUCUAGGUAGUUCCACUUUUUAGCUCUAUUAGAAAGAUCUUUUUUCCUUAUGUAAAGUGGAAGUUUUAUUUUUUUGUAAUUUGAAUACAUUGCCCUUAGCUUUUGAAGCCUCUUGGAUAACACAGAAUAUCUCUUCCUCUUGUACAUGACUAUCCUUCAGGUACUAAGAAAGUUAUCAUGUUCUCCCCAGGUCUUCUCUUUUCUACGUUAACUGUCCCCAGUUCCUCCAACCAGUCCUCAUAGGGCAGGCACUUCUUACCCUCCACCAUUCUGGUUACUUCCUCUGGAUAGUCUCUAGCCUAUCAUUUUUCCCAAAAUGUGACACUUAGAAAUGAACAUAAUCCUCCAGAGGAAUAGGUUCGAAAACAAAGCACAACUUCCUAGUCUUGAACAGUGAUCUCUCAGUAUGAUAUAAGAUGAUAAUUUUGGGGGAAGUAACUAUCACAUUGUUUCAUUUUGAAUUUUGUAAUAUCCUGACAAAUUCCACCCUACCCCCAACUCUGUUGAACUGCUUGUUAAGCCAUUGUUUUUUAGUUAUGUCCAACUCUUUGUGACUCCAUUUGGGGGAUUUAUGGGUAGAGAUACUGGCAUUGUUUGCCAUUUACUUUUCGGGCUCAUUUACAUGAAAAAUUGAGGUAAACUGAGGCCCAGGGCCACAUGGCUAGUAAAUGAGGUUAGAUUUGAACUCAUGAAGAUAAAUCUUCUGACUCCAGGCCAGGUGCUGUCUAUGCACUAUGCUACCUAGCUGCCCUUGCUGAAACUUACUAUUCUUUGUAUUUAUGAUGACUUUUUAAACUGAGUUGUAAAAUUUUGCAUUAUCUCCAUUAAACUUCACCAUGAGAGUCUACUUGUAUUAGGAUGAAAAAAGAGAAGAUUGAGGACACACCUAAAUAAGACUGGACUUGUUAGAACCUUUGUCUAAGCCUCCUCAUUUCACAUUUAAAAGGCCCAGAAAGUUAAGUGAUUUGUCCAGGAUCAUCAAGUGAGUAAAUUUGAAUCCAGGUUAUCUUUUUACUCCACAAAGCAGUCUUCUUUAAAACAGCAGUUUCUGAAUUCUCAUUUGGCUUUUGUGCAAGACCCUUGUCUCUUGAUCUUUUAAAAUCUUGUUUCUAUUGUCCAGCAUGUUUGCUAUUUUUCCCAGGUUCACAUCCUUCUGUGAAUUUUAAAAAAGAACGCCAUCCAAGUCACAGAUAAAAGUUUUUAAACAGUGCAAGGCCAUACAGAUUCUACUAGUGACCUCUUACGUUGACAAUGAACUUUUUUGUGAUUUUUCUUUGGAUUUAGAAAUAGAAUUUUGGACAUUUUGAUGGAUGAGUUAUAUCUUUAUCUAUAAAAUAGGAAUAAUACCUGUGUAGUUGUAAAUGGAGUGAUAAAUAUUAAAUGGGAGUAAUAUAUUUGGAAAACUUUAAAUCUAUUUUGUGUGCCAUUUUAAAAGUGAAUAAAACAUUUUAAUUGAUGUUAUAGGUUAUUAAAAAUAUUAAAUAGCAAAAGCAAGACCUUUUUUCAUGUGAACACUAGCAGCAUAUAUAUAAGUCUUUAGGUUGUCAACUAACUGACUCUACUUAUUUAAAUCCUUCACAGGUAAGUUACACAAUAGCAUGCAGUAUUAAAAAUAUGUAAGUUAUAUGGGGAAAUUCAACUUAAAGUAUAAAAAUGUAAUUUUGUCUUCGUGUGGACCUUUUUCCAUAACUUUUUCAGAAGUUAUUCAGAUAACACUUAUUUGUUUUGCCUUUCAUGACCAUAUGCUUUCUCCACUAAAAUCCCAUUUCAGAUAACUCAGAUUCUCAAAGGCUAUGCCAAAGAUGUGCAAGUUGGCAAGUCCUGGCAAGCUGGAGAGCCUCAGCUCAACAAUGAAUUGUGUCUGUCAUUGGAGAUAAAGCCUAGGUUUGUUUAGAAGAGAAUGACUACCAGGGUAAGGGGUUUGACCAUAGCAAAUGAUGAAGACCAAAUGCUAAGGCAUGCAUGGCAAAUUUAUAGUCUAUUGAAAAUAUUGGUCAAAUACUUAUUUUUGGAGGUAUAAAAUAGAUAAUUUUGAUUAAAUUAUAAUGGAAUUAUGCAAAUAAAAUGAAUGUAACCAAGAGUAGAUAGAUGGAAAACAAAAUUUUUUGGCAGGGAAUUUUAAAGUUUCUCAGACAUAGGUCCUUUAUUAAUUAUGUAGAGAAUUUCAAAUUUUUAAGAGCAUGAGCCCUUCCCCCAGUAAUACAUUGCUAGAUAUGAACAGAUAGUUUUUGGAUGAAGAAAUCAAAGCUAUAUGUAGUCACAAGAAAAAAUACUCUAAAUCAUUACUUAUUAGAGAAAUGCCAAGAAAAACAACUCUUGAGAUAACUCACUUCAGACUGACUAAAAUGAUAAAAGGGCAAAAUGAUAAAUGUUGAAAGGGAUGUGGAAAAAUGGGGACACUAAUACAUUUUGGUGGAGCUGUUAACUGAUCCAACUAUUAUGAACAAUCUGGAAUUGUGAACAAUGAGUAAAAUUCUUUUUGACCCAGCAAUUCCACUUUAGGUCUGUUUCCCAAGGUGAUCAGGGAAAAAGGAAAAAGAAUUAUAUGUCUCUGUGUGUGUGUGUGUGUGUGUGUGUGUGUGUGUGUGUGUGUGUAUGUGUGUAUUUUAACCCUGACUUUCUCUCUUAGAAAUUGGAAUUAAGUGACUUGCUCAGGGUCACACAGAUAGGAAGUGUCUAAGACCAGUUUUAACCCCUGGUCCCCCUGAUUCGAGGCCUGGCACUCUUCUAUUCUGGCAGAACCUAACUGCCUCAGAACCCAUGUUUUAAAAUAUUUUUAGCAGCUCCCUUUGUGGUGGCAAAACUGGAAAUUGAGAGGAUGCCCAUCAAUUGAGAAAUGGGUGAACAGGCUGUAUAUACAUGUGAUGGAAUUCUGCUGUACUGUAAGAAAUGAUAAACAGGUUCAUUUUUUUAAAAACCUAAGAAAAUAUGUGAAAUUAUGAAGAAUAAAAUAAAACAUACAGUAACAAUGUUUGAAGAUUAACUUGUGAAUGUCCACUUCUAAAGAAAGAACUGAGAAAUAGAAAUAUGCAAGGCAUAGUUUUAUAUAUACUUGUUUUUGUCAAAUGAAGCCUUCCCUAGUUGGCUUGGGGAGGGAGAUGCCUGGGAAUUUGAUGUAACCUGCAAACAAAUAAAUUCAUUUUAAAAAAUGAAAA